GCAUCACGUGACACAGGCAGGCUGAUGGAAAUGCAAUGUGCCAGAGAUUUGUGUAAUGUGCUGGUUUCAGCUUGCUAGUUUUUCGAAUUACAAUAUAUAAUGCAGUUUAACAAACGAAUCUUUUGCUGUCAUGUUUAGAACUAUAAUGUUUGCUGACUGGUUAGCCUUCGACGAACACGUGGACAUUGUUGUUGUUAGCCUUGUGGCUAGCUGUCAUUCAUAGGCGACGAAACGGUUAGAUAGCUACAAUUCUGGUAAUGAAACUACCUUGCUCACAAAUGUAAUCAGAAGAUGGUUGUUUUCUCAGCAUGACAAGUGAACAUAGACCUCAGAAAGACUGGUAUUCUAUACUUGAAUCCAGUCCAUCAGAUGGGCUACAAGACCUCAAACAGAAGUACCAAAGACUGGCCUUAAUGGUAUGUGUAAGCUCUAUGGCGGUCUACUGUGUCAUAUAUUUUCAAUUUUACUGAUGGAUAAACUGCUGUUAGGUUUAUUUUCAUCUUGAUGAACCAUGUCAAAAGAGGUCCCAAGAAUUGAGUGAGAGACAGGGUGAGAAAGUAGCUUGAUAUAACGUUACUGUUGGAGAAAGUAGCUUGAUAUAACGUUAUUGUUGGUCCAUUAGCCCCUAGCUUGUAUUUCUAGAAAGUAAAAAUUUUAUGACUAUAAACACACCCUCUAUAUCACACAUAUAUUACCGACUGGGUGUUUAUUUUUGGCCAUCUGUGCAAGUCAAGACUACAUUAAUCCACUGCGCUGCAGCUUCGGCAUGAGGUCUGGGAGUGUCUUCAAGAUAAGUCUUCUAGGUUUCAGGCAAGGUUAGUCUACUUAUCAUGCAAGCUUAGAUUGUCGAUGUGAUGACUAUGAUUAAGUAUGAACUGCAUCUUGCCCUUGGAUAUUAAUCUGUAAAUUUCUAUUAAUCCUUAACAGAAGAGUACAACAUAAAAUUGAUUUGUAUAAUCCAAAACCCAUUUUAAUUACAGAAAACGCCUAGCAACUGCCAAAUCAAUCAUGCUCUAAUCAAUAAGCUAUAACCAAACAACUAUUCAGAGUAAUGUUUUUUUUAAAUCUGAAAAUGUUUUUGUCUGAAAAUAGCUGCACUGUUCAAUAAAAACAGGGCUUUGAGCAAGAGUAUGUUAGGUCUGGUAAUUAGGAAUGUUUAUUAGCGCACAGUAAGUAGGAGAUAUCACCAUUAACUGAUUACUGUGUAUUAUUUUGUCAGACUUUAUGGAUUCAAGGUGCUGUAGGAUUUCACAUAAACCUUAGGCUCUGUGCUUAUCAAUUGUAAAAACACUCAACAAACCUCAAGCUACCAUCAAUGUCAAAAUGUAUUUAAAAAAAUAUUAGACAAAUCCAAUGUUACUUUGAACCAAACAUCCUAGACUUUGCUGUUGGCAUUCCCCAUCCCCCCAUAGUAAUGCCUGCUGGAGUCCAGCCUCCCUGAGACAUUAGGGGGCAGUAGUGUGAUGGUGGCCUUUUGCGCUGCUCCUCUGCUCUCCUCUCCCAUCCCUGAAUGCCUGCACAGCACACGCCUCAGCCUCGUGGUAGAAACAGGCGAUCCUGAUACAGCACAGAGAGGGAGGGAGGGAGAGAGAGAGAGAUGAUGCAUGGUAAGAAGCGCCUAGUGCUCCAAAUUGCCAGCGCUUUAUAUUGUGUUCCUGCCUCUCUAAGCUCCAUUAGCCCCAGUAAAUGAAUAUUUUACAAUGUGUGCAAAGAGACAUCAAUUAAAGCACGUAACUCCAUGGGAAUGGAGGUUGGGCCAUUUUAUAAGAGCCAGGGCUUUUCAUUGUGUUAUGUAUUUAUGACAAAAACCUGAGCUGCAUGGGGACUCAGAAGUGGGGGGAAGAAUUACAGCAAAUAGGUUUCGCUGCUGUAAAAUGUCAAAAUACUGUGUGUGGCUGGAAUUUUUACAGUAGAUGAAAAUAUGUUUAAUUCUGAGCUUCAAAUUUUCUGAAAUAGCAUUGGCAAAUAGUCAAUCACCAGGCCAUAGUGAGUUAAAGCAGUCUCUUCAAUGUAGAAGUUUUUCUUUAACCUGGGUGUUGUACAGGAGGCCUCCUGGUCCUGUGUUUGACAAAAGCAGCCAGGCAGGAAGAUGUGAGAACUACUGUAGCAGCAUGAGCUAGUGGGUCUGGAGAUGGAGGGGUAUGUUAUUUUCAAGCCUUUGAUCCACAGCCAGAUACUUCACACCUGUAAGCUUCCAGCGCAGAGCACUGUCACAAUCAGAUCACAAAGGGGAGUUGGACAUGCACGCCCUGUGGGACUAUAUCACCACUGUGGAAACAAGCAGCUUCUCUAGGUUUGCUUUGAUUUCCUUCAGGACUUGAGGGGGCCACAAAGCUGGUUCAAUGGUGUGAGAAGGAUUUUGUAAUUUUCUUUAGAAAGAGAACAAUGUAUUUUUCUAUCAAAAUGUUGACUGAGUCAGUUCCUCACCCCAUCCAUCAGAACGCCAGACCCAUUUCCUGAGCAGGAGCCUGGUCACAUGCAUAGACUUGUCAUUUGCAUUGUGUGACCACUCUGAAUGUUUUAGAAAAUGACCUUCCCCUCUUAGCCUUCUGUUGAGUCUUUGUCCUUUUAUACUGUAACACUUCCAUUGCUGAACAAUAAUUUGAAAUAGGCUAGAUGAUAAAGAGGUUGGCACUGGUGUUACAGGUUUAGUUUUUUCCAUUUAUGUUUUGAGGUUGGACUUUUAGCACAUUAGCACAUAGGUCGCACCGAUUGGUGUCACCUCGUGAGUCAGUAUGUGUUACACCUGUGCUAGCCCAGGUGAUAUUUAAGAGUGGUUGGCCCAGUGCUCCAGUUGUCUUGAGAGAUGUGGAGGGUCAACACCUUAAAUUGGCUCUCCCUAUUAGAUUGCUAGAAAAACAUUCCUUGGUCUGAUUUUCACUGUUUUUGUUUUGCUCAACUUUUUGGUUUGCUUCCUGUCUUUAAGUUUGGUGUGGGUUUUUCUUUUAUUUGUCUCUUAGUGGGCACAUUUAGUGGAUGCUCAUGGUGGGUGUCUUUUAGGUCCCAGUUGUUGUUACUAGUUAACUGUCAGUGGACACCCCCAUGAGUGUCUUUCAGAACCCCUCCUAAAACCCUACCUUUCGUUUUGUUUGUUGUCAGUGACUCUUUGUUAAUUCCUCCUUAUGUUUGAGCGACAUUUUGUUUGGUUGUAUAUAUUUCUCUGUUUGAGCGGAUUGCCACAUCCCUAAAAUGGCGGCGAGAUAUUUGGUCAAUGCUCCUCCAAAGUGUUCUUGUGGGAAAAGCUCUGAAAGUGUACGCUGCCUUAUCUCUUGAUCAGAGAUCAGAUUAUGACACUGUUAAAGCUGCUAUACUUCGGGCUUACGAGUUGGUCCCAGAGGCAUACAGACAACAGUUCCGUAAAUUACGAAAGACAGAAUCAGAAAAUCAUGUUGAGUUCGCAAGGGAACAAGCAUGUCUUUUUGAUCGGUGGUGUGGUUAUCAAGAGGUCAAGGACCUUGAGGACUUAAAUACACUCCUACUUCUCGAGCGGUUCAAAAUUGCCUUUGCAAAAGGGUUGCUUCCUACAUUUAUGAGCACAUGGAUCUCACUCUUGAGAAAGCUGCAGUUCUUGCAGAUCAGUUUGUGUUUACACAUAAAACUACCUUCACAAACAAAGCACCCAGUAGUAGUUAUCCCUACACAAAAAGCAAUCCAGAGAAGUCAGCUCCUACUGCAAGAUUUAACUCUUUUUCUACAGUGCCCAAAGAUCGGCAGAAAAGGCGCACACAGCACAGAGGAGCGAAGGAGACGAGACCAAAAAUACAACUAGAGAACAGGCGGACAUAAACGGAAAAUAACAGAACCUUGAUACUUGCGAUAUAGGCAUUUGUAAUUAAUUCGAUAUAUCGCCCAGCCCUACAUUAAAUGCUAUGGCAACAGCUCUAGUGGACCUUCCUGCAGUCAGCAUGCCACUUACAUGCUCCCUCAAAACUUGAGACAUCUGUGGCAUUGUGUUGUGUGACACAACUGCACAUUUUAGAGUGGCCUUUUAUUGUCCCCAGCACAAGGUGCACCUGUGUAAUGUUCAUGAAAUCCAGGGCAGAUUGAUUUUAUUGACUAUAAGAAAUUAAGAAAUGAGGUUAACAGGAUGAUACAGAAGGCCAAGAAAUAUUAUUUUAAUGACAAAAAAGUUGAGAACAGGAACAAUCCGAGUAAAUGAUGGAAGUGUCUCUGAAGCUGUUAGGUUACAGUAACAGAUUAAAGACCAAAGCUCGAAAUCUUAGCUUGGACAUUGGAGGAAAGGUUACAUCAGACAAGACCAUGGUUGCAGACAGUCUGAAUAGCUACUUUACAACUAUAGCUAAUACAUUAGUUAGCAAGUUACCUUGUCAAUCAGUUUGCUAUGGGGAGAGACAAGUCCAGCUGUUUUACUCGUAGCAGGGGAUUCAAGUAGAUGCUUUUUCAUUUGAAAAAGUGUCUGAGUCAACCAUUCCAAAGCAACUGGCCUUGACAACAUUCCUGCCAGAUUUCUAAGUAAUGCUGCAGUAAUUCACACCCUGCGUAACUCACAUUGUAAAUCUGUCUAUUGAACUAGGGUUUUUUCCCAGUGAACUAAAACUCACAAGGCUCAUUCCUCUAUAUAAAAAAGGGAAUAAGUUAGAUCAUGGAAACUAUCGGCCGUCUCAAUCCUGUGUGUUUUAUCAAAGGUCAUGGAAACUAUCGGCCGUCUCAAUCCUGUGUGUUAUAUCGAAGGUCAUGGAAUCUAUCGGCCUGUCUCAAUCCUGUGUGUUUUAUCGAAGGUCAUGGAAACUAUCGGCCGUCUCAAUCCUGUGUGUUUUAUCGAAGGUCAUGGAAACUAUCGGCCGUCUCAAUCCUGUGUGUUUUAUCGAAGGUCAUGGAAAAGAUUAUGUGCGAGCAGAUUGACAGUUAUAUUUCCUUACAUAACCUACUAUAUGAGCUCCAAUCUGGCUUCAGGAAAUCCCAUUCCACCAACACUUGCCUACUAUAUCUAACUGACCACAUCAGGAAGGAAGUAGAUAGAGGGACAUUUUGUGGUAUGGUUAUGUUAGAUCUCCAAGGUGUUUGAUACACAGUGGAUCAUGAGAUUCUGUUAAUCAAACUAAGAGCCAUGGGCUUUAACAACUUAGCCGUAAAAUGGGUUAGCUCUUAUCUGCAAGGAAGAAAACAGAUGGUGGAUGUGGUUGGGACCCUGUCUAAACCCAAAAUCUUGAACUGUGGGGUACCCCAAGGGAGUGUGCUGGGCCACUUUUCUAUCUGUUGGAUAUAAAUGAUCUGAAAUCUGCCUGUACAUGUGACCUUUUCCUCUAUGCAGAUGAUUCUGCACUGUUGGUUUCCCACAAAGACAGAACUGUGGUUGAGAAAGCCCUCGGUGCUGAACUUCUGAAUGUCAGUAAAUGGUUAUAUGACGACAAGCUGUCACUUCACCUUGGAAAAACACAGUCCAAAGUGAAACUAAGGAAAUCCUUGGAUUUUAAGGUGGUAGUAGGUUACUUAGUAGUCACAGCAAAAGACUCUGUUAAUUAUCUUGGAUGUGUGCUAGGUAACUUUUUGUGCCAUGUUCUCUCCUGUCACAUUGUUAUCUCCAAAGUGAACCAUCAAAUUAGGUUUAUGGCAAGAACCUCCAAAUAUCUGAAUAAGAAUGCAAUGGUGGCAUUGGCAGGGGAUCUUCUUCAGUGCCACUUCAACUAUGCGUGCUCUUCCUGGUACAAUGGUGCCCCCAAGAUAAUAACAAAUAAAUUGCAGACAUCUCAGAACAAAUUUGUCAGGAUUAUUCUUAAACUUCCAGCAUGUACUCAUCUUGACCAUUCCCACUUUGAAAGCCUUAGAUGGCUCAAAGUGGAGGAGAGCGUAUCUCAGAUUAAAUUGUGUCUUGUACAUAAGGUUGUCCACAGUAUGGUUCCCAGGUACCUAUGUAACUACUUUAACUUGGUCCGAGAUAACCAUAACUAUUCCACAAGAAGGAGUGAAACUGAUGUUGUUCCUUUUAGAUUUAAUAUGGGGAAAGAAACUUUUUUGUACUCAGCUGCCAUUCUUUGGAAUAGUCUUCCAAAUAGUUUGAAACGUAUACCUUCAAUGGGGGGUGUCAAGUUCUCACUGAAAAAAUUGCUAAAUAGUAGCAUGUCUCAAAAGUGAGUCAUAAGAUUAUAGUACAUGGCUGAGAAGGAAAUACCUGGGAUAGCAUAUUGUGAUUGUCUUGUAUAUAUUAGGGGUUGAUUGUUGUAUAUAUUAGGGGUUGAUUGUUUUAUAUAUUAAGGGUAUGUGAGAUGUAACUGUCCAUAGUUGUUUAUUAGGAAAUUGAACUGCACUAAUUAGCUCAUUUUAUGAAACAAACAACAAUUUUUGCCACUGCAGUUGCUGCCUAACCUUGCUGCAUUCCCCCCUUCCCCCUCAAAAAGGACCACAAUGGAAAUAAGAUUUUUAGCUUUAUUGUGUUAUCCUUGAUGAUUUUUCUUAGAUUGUAUGUGGAGGCGUCACCGGCUGGAGUGCCAUUAUGUAUGUAUAAAAAAUAUAUAUAUCUACAGUGGGGAGAACAAGUAUUUGAUACACUGCCGAUUUUGCAGGUUUUCCUACUUACAAAGCAUGUAGAGGUCUGUAAUUUUGAUCAUAGGUACACUUCAACUGUGAGAGACGGAAUCUAAAACAGGUUGUUGGCCAAGAUCUCGCGAUACGUGGUCCCAUCCAUCCGUCUGAAGUUUGCCAAUGACCAUCUGGAUGAUCCAGAGGAGGAAUGGGAGAAGGUCAUGUGGUCUGAUGAGACAAAAAUAGAGCUUUUUGGUCUAAACUCCACUCGCCGUGUUUGGAGGAAGAAGAAGGAUGAGUACAACCCCAAGAACACCAUCCCAACCGUGAAGCAUGGAGGUGGAAACAUCAUUCUUUGGGGAUGCUAUUCUGCAAAGGGGACAGGACGACUGCACCGUAUUGAGGGGAGGAUGGAUGGGACCACGUAUCGCGAGAUCUUGGCCAACAACCUCCUUCCCUCAGUAAGAGCAUUGAAGAUGGGUCGUGGCUGGGUCUUCCAGCAUGACAACGACCCGAAACACACAGCCAGGGCAACUAAGGAGUGGCUCCGUAAGAAGCAUCUCAAGGUCCUGGAGUGGCCUAGCCAGUCUCCAGAACUGAGCCCAAUAGAAAAUAUUUGGAGGGAGCUGAAAGUCCGUAUUGCCCAGCGACAGCCCCGAAACCUGAAGGAUCUGGAGAAGGUCUGUAUGGAGGAGUGGGCCAAAAUCCCUGCUGCAGUGUGUGCAAACCUGGUCAAGACCUACAGGAAACGUAUGAUCACUGUAAUUGCAAACAAAGGUUUCUGGACCAAAUAUUAAGUUCUGCUUUUCUGAUGUAUGAAAUACUUAUGUCAUGCAAUAAAAUGCAAAUUAAUUACUUAAAAAUCAUACAAUGUGAUUUUCUGGAUUUUUGUUUUAGAUUCCGUCUCUCACAGUUGAAGUGUACCUAUGAUAAAAAUGACAGACCUCUACAUGCUUUGUAAGUAGGAAAACCUGCAAAAUCGGCUGUGUAUCAAAUACUUGUUCUCCCCACUGUAUAUAUAAAAUAAAUUUAAUCAAUCAAUGCUGUUUAAUCAGCUUCUUGAUAUGCCACACCUGUCAGGUGGAUGGAUUAUCUUGGCAAAGGAGUAAUGCUCACUAACAGGGAUGUAAACACAUUUGUGCACAGAAUUUGAGUGAAAUAAGCUUUUUGUGUGGAUGGAACAUUUCUGGGAUCUUUUAUUUCAGCUCAUGAAACACGGGACCAACACUUUACAUGUUGCAUUUAUAUUUUUGUUCAGUGUAAUUGCUUGCCAGUCUUCCAGUUACUUAACAUUUUAAAUAUAAUUGCGGUGGACAGUAAUUGGCCUAUCCGAGACUGUUGGUUAUUGUAGUUCAGUAUCACCCCAUGCAUCAUUACCCGUUCUGGAAGAGGUUCAGCUUCUGAACUACAGUGACCAUACAAGAACACACACACAUGCAAUGGUCUGCUUGCCAGUGACAGAUUAUAAUCACCAUUCAUGCGAAUGCUUGCUAGGAAGGAUCUAAGUUUUCCAAAAGCCCCACCACCACCGCCACCUCCCUCCUCUCCCAUAGGCAGAUCAGGAGCCCGUGAUCCAUCAUCCUGCUAACCUCACCAAUCGGUGGCCGAAGCCUGUACUCCAUAGACCUGCAGGAGGACAUUAGAGCUGUCCCAUGUGCAAGGAAACACAGACAGGGCUGUCAGUAUCCACUAGAGAGCUGGGACAUACCUCAGGGCCAGUUUGAGCAUUACAUGAGGGGAUCCUUCCAUAUUGAUAUUAAUCAACAGAUGACAUAAUGCGGAUAUCGCUAUACCCUCUCCUCCCCCCUAACAAAACAACAAUGAAACGCAAAAGAGAGCAAGGGUGGUAUCGCUGCUGUAUUUGGCCAGAGGUGUCGUGGGAUGGCCUGUGCCCUCUUCUCCAGCUCUCUGCCCAAAGCUGUCUGGGCUAACGGAUCUGUCCUCUCUGAUGUCUCAAUCUAGUUGUGUUUGCUGUACUGUACGCCGCCUCCUCUGGUAAAUUGUCCAGAAGAAAAGCAUUGGUCCAUCAGCAAAUUACCCAGAAAAUGAUGUCAGUGCAGGUUGUGACAUGGGCUUUUUUCCCACUGGCAGAUUGUCACCGACUACUAUGGUCUAAUUAACCUAGCUUCUGUCUAGUGUGUCUGAGCCACCAUCACCCCUCUUAACCCACACACCCCUCUACCAUCUCAAACAAAGUACAGGUUCAAGGGACUGAUGGCUGCUGUUAUUUUGGUCAUUGUUUCUGUUGUGAUGGCUGUUGUCAGUCUUGUCAUUGUGGCUGUCUCUAACCUGUGUUUCUCCUGUCCUCUGUACUGGCUGACAGUAUCACCCUGACAAGCAGGGCCCAGAUGUGACUGUGACUGAGGCAGAGGAGCACUUACACAGGUUCAUUGAGGUCGACCAGGCUUGGAAGGUCCUGAGCAACCAGGAGACAAAGAGAGCCUAUGAUCUGCAGUUACGUGGUAAGUCGUCCUCCUUCCACAGUUCAGAGGAACUGUCUUUCAGAGGAACACACUACAAUCCAGGAGGGCUCCGUUAGGAAACAUUCACUCUCACGUAAUGUACAUUACAUUUACACUAGCAUAUUGUGCUCCCACUCUCACCACUCUCUGAUGCUCUUCUUACAGCCACCAUCUCAUCCCUUCACUCUUACUUUUGAUAGCUCUCCUGUGAUUCAUUUGAACAUGAAACAUGAUUUUUCAUUUCAUUACACGUUUUGGAAUUGUAUGGCUUUAUUUAUUCUUACUGGUUGGUUCAUGCUCAAUUAAAUCCCAUAGCAAUUCCCCUUGGGACCAUCCCUUGCUUAAUAUUGAGUGAUGAACAGUGACGCUGUGUGAAGUCACUAAGGCCACAUAUAACUAGUGGGCCUAUGUGGUGUCUGAAAAGGUCACACUAAAUGAGGCAUGAACCAAUCCAGUUUGCAUAACUUAAAUUCUAUUUCCAUUUCCAAGAUUUCCUUAAAACUUUCAAAGUCAGAAGCAAUAAUAGAAGUCUCUAGUUUCGACCAUUAAAAAUAACUGGCCUGUUUUUCGAAGUAUGUUCACGUGAUCGUUUCUCAAUGAUCUGGGUGCUCGAGAAAGGGCCGAGAGUGUUGUGCAAAGACCCACCACCAUCCACCCACUCACAGACCCACCACCAUCCACCCACUCACAGACCCACCACCAUCCACCCACUCACAGACCCACCACCAUCCACCCACUCACACAGCCAAUACAGGAAUAAAACGAGUAACAGAUGGUCAUCAAAAAGAAAGGAGGACCAAGGCACUCUUCAUAUAAUUAAUUAAAAUGCCUGUAUUUGUAUGGCAUGUUCAAUAGAAACACGUUUCGGCUGCAUGGCCUUCGUCAGGGAGUCAGAUGGUGUCCGGCUCCUGACAAUGGUUGUUCUCUGCCAUCUCUGUCCCUCAUAAAAGGACAGAAGAGGGGAGGAGAGCAGGGGCUUCUGGGAUGAGGAGGAGGAGGAGGAGGAGGAGAGGAGAGGGGGGAAAUGUAGGUCAGACCUGUUACACACGGCCUAGCUUUACAUGAAGUGAUAUGCUCCCCCCCCCCCCCCCCCCCGAUCCCAGGAAAGAGGUUCCCCUAGCUAGCUCUCCAUUAGGACCUUCAAUAACUGUACAUCCAGGCCCUGUGUGUGUGUGUGUGUGUGUGUGUGUGUGUGUGUACCAUUAGUAGGGGAGAGUUCCCAUCGCCUUUGGGGGGCAAACACUCAGCCAGCCAGCCUCAGCACAGUGCCACUCUGUAAGACAACACACUCCAGCCAUAGCACUGAAAUAUAGAGUGUCUGUAGUAGAACGAAACCCCUGUCUGGUCCUCAUAGAUGGUAUUGACUUUGUCUUCCAUUGUAUGCUGCCUUAUAAUAACAACCCCCAAAGAAUCCCUCCGUAAACACCCCUUUUAACCACUUUUUAAAUCAUUAUUUUUCCACUCAUCCUCAGAAUAUCAAACAUUUUAGAUCUCCAGGGACAGUUUGUUAUCCAUUAUAAUAAUAAUAAUAUGCCAUUUAGCAGACGCUAAAUAAAUUAUGACCUAACAAUGGAUAUUUUGAUAUGCAAUUGACUAAGAAAGAGGUGAAGGUUGUGUUUUCAUGUAACAAUACUUUUUUUAUUCCAGCAUGAAUACUUUAUAUCCAACAUACCUUUUUUUUAUAACAGACAAAUCAGAGUUUCUCUGUUGAAUGUGAAAUCUGGGCCUUCUUUGAUGGCUGAUCUGUGAGAGUAUUGGUUGUCCCUCAUGGCUGGUUGCAGGCUGAUUGUUUUAAGCACCCAAUAGCAGAGGUGUACAAAAGUAUUCGCUACAUUUUGAAUGCUUAGCAGAUUUGUAAAUUAUGUCUGAUUGUUGUGUGACCCUGGCUAUCCGUAAAUUUUAUUUAAAAAACAAGAAAAUGGUGCCGUCUGGUUUGCUUAAUAUAAGGAAUUUGAAAUGAUUUAAACUUUUCGAUACUUAAGUAUAUUUCAGCAAUUAUAUUUACUUUUGAUACUUAAGUAUAUUUAAAACCAAAUACUUUUAGACUUACGCAAUUAGUAUUUUACUGUGUGACUUUCACAUUUACUUGAGUCAUUUUCUGUUAAGGUAUCUUUACUUUUACUCAAGGAUGAGAAUUCUGUACUUUUUCCACCACUUCCCAAUAGGGAGGGUGGGGUAGCAGACUAGCAGCACACAGCUCCCAUCUGUCUGGCUGCUGUAGAUCUCCAGUACCUACCAGUAAACAUCACCAUAGUGUUUAAUGUUGCCCAGCCAUUCAGAAGGACUGGCUCAUUCUCCACUGUGAUCAAGUGGGGCUGAUAAUUAAAACAAACACAACAGAUGCCAGCUCAAAGGCCUGUUUCAUCCAGAUUUCACAGAGGAACUCAGUCAGUCCUCCUGUUGUUUAUCAGAGGGAGAUGUUGCUAGGCCCUUUUGAGUCAUGAGUGGAUUGUUUUAUCUUCAUGCUCAUUAGAAGUGAAGGGGAAUGGAUAUUCAUCCAUUAUAAUCCCCAUGUCUAUUACAACUGAUAAUAAAUAGCCUUUCCCUCUUCAAAGUGAUGUUCAAUACCAGUACGACAAAUAAAUAGUUAAAAGCUGAUAGUCUCAAAACAUUAGGAACGAAUCCCAUGUUGGCUGUCAAACAGGCUAUAUCAUAAACAACCGGCUUUGCAAUUCAGCUUGGUACUGAGACCGGGGUUGCAUUUUCCUGUGUUCAGGCAGACAUGUAUGGUAAUUACUAGGGGCGGUAAUUGUGUUUUGUGGUGGAGGGAGAAGUGUGCGCGUGUGAGCAGGGUGGACCAGGUCUCUGACACACUGUGGGGUUGUCUGGGAGCGAUGUGCAGCCAGCCCUGACUAAUACUAAAUCAUCUCAUCCUUAAUGUGCACCACCUCCACCGCCAAACACAUAGUGGCCAUCUUCCCGGGUUGUUUCAGGGCAACUUGCAGCAGCCCACUGGAGAGGCGUGUUUUUCCACCCUCACCUCCCCAACACUGAGACCAGUGAUCUCCGACCGCGCGCGCCACUAGGCAAAAUAUAUGCUUUAGUUUGUUAACACUAUCUGCUCUAAUUCGCUCACAAAACAGUAAUUAGGCUACGUAGGCCUACAUCAGGAGUCAGCAACAGGCGGAGUGAUAUUUUUUUUUUCUUCAAAGUACUGGUAUUGUCUCAAUGUAAUCAAGGUAUGAAGUGAUUGUUAUUUUGAAAUGCAAUCUCUUAUUGGGCUUAGUUGUGGUCAAUGUGCAGUGUACAAAUUAUUAUAAUUAUGUUCCGGCCCCCUGAACAUCUGCUCCGACAAAAAUCGUCCCGCGGCUGAAUCUAGUUCCCUACCCCUGGCCUACAUAAUUCAAGAUUAUUUAAAUGCACAUUCCCAUGAAACUGAUUGAGAUCAAAUGAUUGACUUGCAGAUGCAGUUUGGACGUUUCACCUGUAAAACGUGAAGAAUUAUCAUUCAUGAUUAACAGUGAUGAUGGCCCAUUUUGAAAUGAGGUAUGCCUAAUUUGGUGUUUGAGGGUAUUAAAAAUAGAAAAAUGUAUUGCGAAAAUUUGUGUGGAUCUAGGCAGAGGUAGCAUUUUGAGGAUGCAUUUCAUGCACAUUCUAAAAUGAUAUUCAAUAGGCUACAUCUGUCGAUACAAACUUUGAGAAAUGCUGACGUCAUCAAAAAUAGUGCUCCAGCACCCAUCUGUCUGGCUGCACUACACCACUGCAAACGGUUAAUAACGCUUUGAUGAUAUUGUUCAUGUGACCUGGCAGAGCCUCCUUGGGAUCUCUCAGUAGUGACUGGCUGUCGUCUGGGCCUUCUGGGCAGGGUGCAUCAACUGGCUGAGUCACCCUAUCAUUAGGACAUGGUCACUCUGACUCCCUCAACACCAGCAAGACUACAGUGUCCCGUCAAGACUACAGUGUCCCGUCAAGACUACAGUGUCCCGUCAAGACUACAGUGUCCCGUCAAGACUACAGUGUCCCGUCAAGACUACAGUGUCCCGUCAAGACUACAGUGUCCCGUCAAGACUACAGUGUCCCGUCAAGACUACAGUGUCCCGUCAAGACUACAGUGUCCCGUCAAGACUACAGUGUCCAGUGUAGUUGAUCUACUUUUGUUCCUUUCCAAGUCGUAUUGAGGCUCAGAUCAGGCAUGGAAAUCUAUUAGUCCUAUAGUGUUAGCUUAACUGUUGAAGCACUGUGACAAAGGGUCCCAGUGAAUGUAUAGCCUCGUUCUGUAUGAUGUAUUGAAUCACCUAGAUGUAGGCCUAUAAUUUGCACCUGACCACUGGCACAUUAAGAAACUAUGGUCUCACAAGAUUGCAGUAACAACGACGGAAGUUAAUCAAAUCCACAUUUUGAUUGGUGUAUCUGUCAUUUGAGCCUCAUCCGUCAAAUGGUACAGUAUAUCACGAGGAUGAAUUAACAGACACCUUUUACUGAGAAUUUACUGACACCUUUCCUCAAUCUCACUGUACCACUUCUUAAAAAACUAAUGAGAACAGCAGGUGAAAAUUUCUUCACCAAAUCUAUCCAAUGAUAUCCAUACAUAGCUGUGAGGUAGGCCACUUAGGCUAGUCUCCUGUCUAAUUAAAGACCAGCAUUAAAGAGUGGCAUCAAAAUGUGCUAAUUACCGUUUCCUCACAAAGGCUGGUGAAGAGGUACUGUACUGCUAGAGAUGGAGUGAAGUGUUAAUAUCUAUUACUGUAGUUGUCUGUCUGUCUUUGUUUUUAUAUUAACAGUAGGCUGGCCUAUAACGUCAAAUGUCCGACUAAGUUUGAAGUACAUUACAGAUAAGCCUAGGCUAUAUGCACUAUUAUAAACCAGGUAGUUUGAGUCCUGGAUGCUGAUUGGCUGAAACAGCAUUUCAGCCACGUGUAUAUCAGACAAUAAUAUAUUGUACCACGGAUAUGACGCAAAAAUACUUGUUAACUGCUCUAUUUAUGUUGGUAACCAGUUUAUAAAAGCAUUAAGACACGUGUGUGUUGUGGUAUAUGGCCAAUAAACCACACCCCCUCGGGCCUUAUUGCUUAAGUGGAUACCUUUUUAUAAAUUCAUAUCUGAAAGCAUCUUGACUGUAUGUUCCCCUAAUUUCAAUCCAUACUGAGACAUAUUUUCAUAAUUAUAGUUCAUCCAUCCUUUGCAGGGAGGUAUAUCUGCAUCUUGCAUAUUCAGCAGUAUGUGGCCUAACGUUACCUUAGAGCUUGAUGGGGAAUUGUCACCAAAGAUGACCUCACUACUCUGCAUACUUCCACUUCUAAUCUCAGUUAGUGGUUCUGAUGCGUCUGUCCCUCUCCAGAAUUAUCACCUCAAUAUUGAGUGUUGAUUUAAGAGAUUUCAUAUAUGCACCAUUACUAGUGUCCCUAUUGUGUCAAAGUGGCUGUAAGCUGUGAGGGGAAACUGUCCAAACCUAUGAAUCAAUGAACCUAGAUAAGACCAGUGUAGCUUAAUUAGUCUCUCCAGGAUUCUGCGAUCGCAAAAUGUUAAAUAAACAAUUCCCCGCAUAUUACGCACAAAACGGUCAAAUCAUCGCAAUAUUAUCGCAUAAAACUGACCCAUCACCGCAGUACAAAAAAACGCAGUAUAAAAAGAUGGCUCGCAAUUUCAACCAAUCACCGCACAUUUAACACAUAUCGUUCAGUCAAGCCACUUGUCAACAAACUUUCUCCCUCGUCAGCGCAUUUUCACGACAAGUUGGACAACAUCAUCGCAUGUUGCCAUGCAAAAUGUCAGAAUUGCCACAGGAAAAUCAAGCAUGUAGACAGAGAUUCAUGCGAGAUAUCAAUUGUCUUUCCCAAGAAACUACCAUUGUAUGAGAUCAGUCUGACAUCUCACAUCCUCUCAUCUCAUCUCCCUUCCAUCUACCUUUCAUUUGUGUGCCUGUGACACUCCUGUAUCUCCUCUAUCACUCUCUUAACCGCUGAAUGUCACUGGCACAACAGUAGCCUACAAACAUUUAUCUGAGAGCGUCAAUGUGGUUUUUAUAAUCUGUAUUUUGUAAUGUCAAUUAUUGUAUCAUUGUGGAGUGACAUUUUCAUAGAUUUGUGACAUUUUCAUGUUUCUCCUGUCUCAAUGCAGCCAGCGAACUGAAUCAGAGUUGGCCAGUUGACGCCCGUGUCUGUCUGGACGACAUGACUUUAGAUGAAGGUGAGUGAGUCAAGUCAUCGUCAUCUUUCUUUAUCUUCCUUAUUUAAUCAUGAUCUCUUCUGUGCUGCUAUUGAAGUCAUAGUAGGUACAUCCAUAAAGUUCUACUCCACCUGUCUCAUCCCAUGUACCCCUCUGCUCUCAGCUGUUUGACAGUGUCUGUGUUCUCUUUUCAGAUAACGAGGUGUACACGUAUGGCUGUCGCUGUGGAGGGGAAUUCUCCAUUGGAAGAGAGGAGGCGGAGGAGGAAGAGGCCAUUGUGUGCUGUGACACCUGUUCACUCAGCAUAGAAGUCAAGAGGACAACCUGACUGACUGUCUCAUUGUUGGCCGGACUCCUCUGAAUCCUGAAGAACUGGAUGACGUCAAGGAGGUCCAUAGUUUUCUUUUCAUCUACGUCCACCUUCUAUUUAAAUGGGCACCCCCCAUGGGGCCUUGUGCACAUGUCUAUUGGCCAAUGAAAGGAAAGUAGAUUUUGCUCUCUAACAGACAAGCUCGUCUGUUCUUUUAAAUGUCAUGCAAUAAAAUCAUGGUGCAAAAUUCAACUAACAACCAAUCAAGUGAACUGUGUCUCAUGAUAAUGGGUAUGUGGGUCUCACAUGCAUGUAAUUCAUAUAAUGGGCUCUAUUUUAACAAACCAAACGCAAUGUUAAAUCUAUGUCAGGCGGUAGCGCUAUAGGUUCAGGGGUGUGUCAGAAAUAGGUUUGCUAAUUUCACUAUCAAAAUUAUCAGCGCACUUGCUGGCGUUGGCGCGAAAGGGCUGGGUUUUGAUGAAUAAACAAGUUGUGGGUGUGU